ACUUUGUCCAUCUGUCAUCUGUCGUAGGUAAAAUAUACCUCUCUAGAAUUUUUAAUAGCUUCUCUGAUCUGAUGGAUUUUGUUAUAAAUAAUCUUAUAUAUUGAAAUUUUUGAGAGGAAAAUUAAAUAUAUUAUUUUAAAUGUCAUUCUUAAGGAAGUGUUUAUGGAAUAAUCAAAUUAAACGUUUUAUAUUAUCACACCCCAACAAUGGAUCCACCAGAAACAAGUCAAGCUUUAUAUACCUCCAACAAAUCUUUACAAAGCCAGAGAGUGAUAGGAUACACUAUAUAAAAGCAUUUGUCUUGUUAUUUUCUGGGUAUUUAACGUACAAAACUGUAAAUAGCAAAUUAACAUUCAUACCACAUGUAAAUGCUGCUACACUUUUUCAUAAUACUCAAGAACCUAGUCAGCUAGCAGGAAGAAGGGCCCAAUUUAAUUUCAUAGCAGAUGUUGUAGAGAAAUCUGCUCCAGCAGUCGUUUAUAUAGAAAUUAAAGAUAGUAGAAGAGUUGAUUUUUUUACUGGACGUCCCUUAACAAUAUCCAAUGGGUCAGGCUUUAUAAUUGAAGCAGAUGGUCUUAUAGUCACAAGCGCUCAUGUUGUUACAAGCAAAGCUUCAGCCAAAGUUGAAGUAAAACUUAUUGAUGGAACUACUUAUAGUGGUGAAGUGGAAAAUGUGGAUUUGAAGAGUGACCUGGCAACAGUGAGAAUAAAGGCUAAAAAUUUACCUACUAUGAGAUUAGGAAAUUCUUCUGAUCUGAAACCUGGAGAAUUUGUUGUAGCUAUUGGAAGUCCUUUAGCUUUAAGCAACACAGUAACUUCAGGUGUAGUAAGCUCAGCACAGAGAGCUUCAGAUGAACUAGGUCUCAGAGGCAAAGACAUGGUCUACAUCCAGACAGAUGCAGCUAUAACAUUCGGUAAUUCAGGUGGUCCCUUGGUAAAUUUGGACGGAGAGGCUAUAGGAGUAAACAGUAUGAAAGUCACACCAGGAAUAUCAUUUGCAAUACCCAUCGAUUAUGUGAAGGACUUCUUAAAGCAGUCCCGUGGAGGAAGGAAGUCUGCAGAUCUACCUAAAAAACUUUACCUGGGAAUCACAAUGUUAACAUUAACACCCCAAAUAAUGAACGAAUUAAGUCAAAGACAUGAAUUGAUGUUACCCAAUGAUUUAAAGGGUGGUGUUUUGGUGUAUAAGGUUCUUAUAGGCUCACCAGCUUAUAGUGGAGGUUUACAACCAGGAGAUAUAGUAACUCACAUAGAUGGCCAACCGAUAAAGAGUGCUAAUGAUGUUUAUGCAGUGCUGCAGCAAACAAAAGCAAAAGAACUAAAAAUGUCUGUUUCAAGACAUGGUCGCAAUAUUAACUUAAUUGUAGUACCCGAAGACAUGAACUAAAUAAUGUUUUUGAGGUACAUAAAACCAUAUAUUUGAAUUGAUCAUUUAUGUUUACAUUAUAAAAUAAAAUUAUUCAUUGAGUUA